CUCUUGCUGUCCCCUCUCUUUUCUUGGCCCUCCAAAAUUCUUUCACUAGAUAUCAUAUAAUCUAUCAUCUCUUCCCCUCUCAACCAAAAAUAAAAAUCCAACCAUUGCAUUCCAAGAAUGUAGAAAGAUAGAUAUAAGAACACAAAAACGUUAGUACUUAUCUACCUUUUUUUUGUUCUUCUUCACUAAUGGCAACUACUGCAAUAAGUGCUACUUCAUCAACACAAAAAUAUCAAGAAUAUGAUGAAGAUGAAGAAGUUACAAGUUAUAACAAUAUGAACAACAACAACAAUAUUGGUGGAGUUGUUAGUAGACAAGAUAUUAAAGCUGCUAUAGCUAAAGCAAUUGAAUUAAGAGCACUACAUGCUGCUCUUUUACAACAAGGGAAUAACCAUAGUCCUGUGAAAAAAAUUCCUUCUUCUGCUUCUCCAACUGUUUCUCUUCAUUCCCAUCAUUUUUCUGCUCAAGAUUAUCCCAUUUUCACACCAAGCUAUGACGAUGAGCCAUUGCCAGGAUACAAACAAUUACAGUUAGAUCACAAUCCAAACUAUGCUGAAAUUUGGGAUGAAUAUGGCUUUGGAGGAGGAUUAGGAAAUGGUAACAAUGAAGCCAUUUUAUCGGAUUACAGAAAGGCGAAUUCAUCCUUAAGAAAAGGAUUUACUAACAGUCUAAUCAACUCAGAAUCCCACAUUUGUCCUGCUGAUGAUCAGAGAUCAGUCACGAGCUCGUGUACUGAUCAAAUCACUACGCGUAAAGCUUCUCCUAUCACUCGUUACAACAAGACUCGGAGAAACUCGUUAGGGGACUUGACAUCGAUUUCGUCUUGCAACAAGUGUAAGCCUGCAAUAAUUAGUACUGAGGCUGAUGGUGUUGGCAAUACUAGCAAGAGUGGAAAGAACUCGAAUGUCAUCGUGCCAUUGACAGAUUCACAUGUUUCCGUUCAAUCGCAGCCAAAGAGUAAAGGUGGGAUGAGCUUGUCAUGGCUGUUCCCUAAGCUAAAGAAGAAAAACAAGGUUGAAAAGUCACCAAACCGGACAGAUCAGUCCGAUGAGGUCUCUCAGAUUUUUAAGGAUCGUGUGGGGACGGUUUCAAUCGAGAUGUUGAAGAAAGAGCUCGUGGAAGCAAACGAGAGCAGAGAUGCAGCGGUGAUGGAAGUCUCGGAAAUGAAGUCGUCAUUAGGUGAGCUAAACCAAAAGUUAGAGUCCUUAGAAACUUAUUGUGAAGAGCUUAAAAAGGCAUUGAGACAAGCAAUUCAAACAAAAGAGUCCCCUGUGUCCUCCAACCUUAGAAAUUUUCCAAAAAACGGAGAAAAUGUGAUCCUGGUUAGCGAUGAGGUAAUGCUAGAAGGGUUUUUACAGAUAGUAUCCGAAUCAAGAUUAUCGGUGAAACAAUUCUGCAAGAUUCUAAUCAGACAGAUUGAAGAGACGGACAAUUUGUUAACCGAUAACUUGAACCUUUUGCUUCAACCAUACAAGCUAUCUCUAGAUUCAAAGUACUCGAAAGCAGUUUUAUACCAUAUUGAAUCCAUCAUAAACCUAUCACUUUUCCAAGAUUUCGAAAACUGUGUGUUCCAAAAGAACGGCUCACCAAAACACUUAGACCCUCAACAAGAUCGCGUAGCUCAGUUCUCAUCCUUUGUCGCGUUGAGGAACUUAAGUUGGAACGAAGUGUUGAGAAAGGGGACAAAGUACCAUAGCGAAGACUUCAGCAAGUUUUGUGAUCAGAAAAUGAGUUGCAUUAUCACGUUACUUAAUUGGACAAGGCCAUGGCCGGAACAACUCCUCCAAGCGUUCUUUGCAGCUGCUAAGUGCAUUUGGUUGUUGCAUUUGUUGGCGUUUUCGUUCAAUCCUUCCCUUGGGAUUCUACGAGUGGAAGAGAAUAGAACUUUUGAUGUGCAUUACAUGGAGGACGUUUUCACGGAUAAGCAAAGAUCACAAGGUUCUUCUAGCAGGGUUAAGGUCAUGGUCAUGCCUGGUUUUUAUGUGCAUGAUAGAGUAAUUAGGUGUAAGGUAAUAUGCAGGUACAAAAAUGUAGCAUAGUUAGGUUCCUUUUUUUUUAUUUUGUUCCUUAGUAUCUAACUUGUAAUAGUGGUUUCUUGCUGAUUAUUUGAUUUGGAUGAGUUCUAUAAACUAGUUUCCAUAUGUGAUCUAAACUUCGUCAAAUAAAUGUAGCAGAUAAUUAUCUUCAGUUUGGAGGAGAA